AUAGUGUAUACAGGCUGACACGCCGCACAGGUAUUUAAUUAUCAGGACUAGACGGAAGGUCGAAAUAACAGGGCGGCCAUGUUGGAUUUUAAGUGAACUUCUCGUGUGACCCCGACACCAGAAAUGCAUCCCCGGCGCAGUGCCCAGGACGUCCUACUGUGUGACCUCUGUAAAACUGCCCCCCUACAGAGUCACUGUAAACUUUGUCAUAUAAAUCUCUGUGUUAUCUGUGUCGGUAAACAUCUCUCCGAUUCCUCUAAAGAUCACAAUGUCGUGCCCUUUAUAAAACACAUAAAGUCUACCCCUAACUACCCAAAAUGUCCGAAACACACCGACAAACAUUGUGAACUGUUCUGUGAGAAAUGUUCUAUUCCUGUCUGUUCUACCUGCAUCUCCUCAGAUAAACACAGAGGCCACAAAAUAUCAGAUGUUCUGGAAAAACUCGGAUCUAAAACAGAGAGUUUACAAAAAGAUUUAGAGGAACUCGAGACCAGAAUUUACCCGCAAUAUGAAGAAAUGGCGUCCGGUGUCCAAACUGAGAAAGCCGAGUUAGAAACGAAAUACCGGAAAAUGACAACAGCCGCCGAUCAACAAGGAGAAAUCUUACACCGGGAGAUUACCGCCAUUGUCAACAAGAGGAAAUCCGACAUUGCGGAGAUGAAAAACAAACACCUGGCCGCUCUCAAUAAAAAUACAGAUGAAAUUACAAACCGAAUUACAGAACUCAGACAGAUCAUUCAGGACCUGAAGAAAAUACUGGACUCCAAUGACGUCUCCUUAACCUCAUCUUACAAAUCUAGGAAUUCCGAAUUUAGAACAUUACCGCCUAAAGUCCGAGUCACAUUACCGAGUUUCUCUCCUCAGAAAAUAAACAAAGAUCAGCUCAAUGAAAUGUUCGGUUCUCUGUCGCCAUUAUCCAUUAACACAGAACAUGGCGACACAAUGAAGUCAGCAGAAGCUGUAUCGUCUCCUCCAGUCAAACCAUUACUUGACGAACCGCGCGUCACCGCCACCAUAGACACUGGGUAUAGAUAUCUAUACAGUGUUAGCUGUCUGAGUGAAGAUCAAGUCUGGACACGCGGGAAUAACGAAACCAUGAAGCUCCUCAACCUCCGGGGUAAACUACUGACAUCAAUAAAAACCAAGUCAGGGAACACACCACGCGACAUAGCAGUGACACGGGACGGAGAUCUUGUUUAUACUGACCCUGAUAAAGGAACUAUAAACUUAGUUAAGAAUAAACAGAUACAGACCGUGAUCACACUACAGGGGUGGAGACCUCUCUAUGUCUGCUGUACCGCGGCUAACGAUCUCCUGGUUACCAUGGAGAGUGAUGAUAGAGAACAAUCCAAAGUCGUGCGUUACUCCGGCUCCACAGAGAAACAAAGCAUUCAGUUUGAUGAUCAGGGUCGUCCUCUCUACUCAUCUGGUAACAUUAAAUACCUCAGUGAGAACAAGAACCUGGAUAUCUGUGUGGCUGACUAUAGAGCUAGUGCAGUAGUGGUGGUCAAUCAGUCAGGAAAACUCCGAUUUAGAUACACUGGUCAUCCCUCUAAUACCGAGCAAUCAUUUAAUCCAGUCGGCAUCACUACAGACAGCCAGAGUCACAUCCUGACAGCAGACUGUAACAAUCACCGUAUCCACAUCCUAGAUCAGGACGGACAGUUCCUCCGCUACAUUCACUGUGGUUUACGCGCUCCAUGGGGUUUAUGUGUGGACAUCAGAGACAACCUCUUUGUGGCUGAUGGAGAUAAUAAAGUGAGGAAAAUUCAAUAUCUAUAAACACAGUGUUAAUUACAGAUCUCAGCACGGUGUUAAUUACAGCUCUACACAGUGUUAAUUACAUUUCUAAACACAGUGCAAUUUACAGCCUUGUGUUAAUUACAGUGCCAUGUUAAUUACAGUUCUGUGUUAAUUACAGUUCUGUGUUAAUUACAGUCCUGAGUUUGUGACCUGUAAUUAACAUGUUCUUGUGUUUGUGUGUGUAAGGAUAGAACACUAGUCUCUCACUGCUGUUUAGUAAUUAUACCUUACAAUAUCUGUAUUAUGAUUAAUGAGACACUGUUAAUCUUAGUAUACUAAUUACAUGUACUUAUCUAUUGACACAGUAGUUGUGUUCUUGUGUUUGUGUGUGUAAGGAUAGAACACUAGUCUCUCACUGCUGUUUAGUAAUUUUACCUUACAAUAUCUGUAUUAUAAUUAAUGAGACACUGUUAAUCUUAGUAUACUAAUUACAUGUACUUAUCUAUUGACACAGUAGUUGUGUACUUGUGUUUGUGUGUGUAAGGAUAGAACACUAGUCUCUCACUACUGUUUAGUAAUUAUAUCUUACAAUAUCUGUAUUAUAAUUAAUGAGACACUGUUAAUCUUAGUAUACUAAUUACAUGUACUUAUCUAUUGACACAGUAGUUGUGUACUUGUGUUUGUGUGUGUAAGGAUAGAACACUAGUCUCUCACUACUGUUUAGUAAUUAUAUCUUACAAUAUAUGUAUUAUAAUUAAUGAGACACUGUUAAUCUUAGUAUACUAAUUACAUGUACUUAUCUAUUGACACAGUAGUUGUGUACUUGUGUUGGUGUGUGUAAGGAUAGAACACUAAUCUCUCACUGCUGUUUAGUAAUUAUACCUUACAAUAUCUGUAUUGUUAUAAUUAAUGAAACAUGAUUAAAGUUAGUAUAUUUGUUUAUUUAUGUAAAUGAGGUAACUCUUGUGUUAUAUAUAUUUAUGUAAAGUUUUCAGUAAGUUUUAAUAAAAUUGUAGGUAUCUUUUUGAUCAAAUAAUUACUGAUGUGAAGCUAUUUGAUUUUGUAUAAAAAUAUGAAGAAAAGGUAACUCAUGCCACAGCCAAGUAAAAAAAAAAAAGUCUGGCUACCUCUUCAAAAUUUUAAAUUUUUAGUCUGAGCAACUAUUUAUAAAUUUAAUGGCCCAAAUACUAAUUUGAUUCGCAGGCAUCUGAAGUGUGGGUAGCUUGUAUAGAUGUUGUGUACAUACCCCCUCCCCCCCCCCUUCCAAUAAUUUAUACUACUACAGGUAGCAUCUUACAAGUUGUCAUCUCAAAAGCUUACAGAAGGUAGAAACUGAUUAUUCAGAGCGACUUAUGAGGCUGAUUGGUGGGAAAUAACAUAUUUUGGAUUCUAGAAUGUACAAAAGAUCUAUACAAGCUAUCCACACUUCAGGUGCCUGUGAUUUGACUGUGAUAUUAGUUAUUGAUUUCUAUACAAUUCUUUAAACAGAUGUGAGUCACUGAAUACAAUUUAAUGAAGGUAAAUCAGUUAUAGUGAAGUACUUAGGAUUUAUAGUUAUAGUCAGUAUUUUGUGUGUAGUCUUGAAUUAUAGUACAUUCACAACUGAGUACUUACAUGUACGUGUAUACUUGUUUUCAUGUGAUGAACAGCUGAUGGAAUGUUAUUCUGUUUGUUAAUUAUAUCCUUAAUUUUGUGUGUUAUUUUUUAUGUGUAUAUAUGAUAGAUAAACACGAUUUAAAGCUACAA